CUGAAUUUCAUUGUCUAAUACAAAAUGGACAUCAAUUAUCAGUACAUAAUUCGAGAGAGAAUCGAUUUGCUAAAGAAAUAGCUCGUGAUGCGCCUGAAGUUUGGCUUGGUAGUGCAAAAUUUGGAAGGACAGCUCAAUUUGAAUGGUCUGAUAAAACACCAUUCAAUUUUAAAGGCUGGAAAAAUGGUCAAAUACCAGUAAGUAAAUUAAUUAGGCCAUGCACAAAAAUGAAUGUCACAAGCGGUGAAUGGUUUCAAAGUUGUUGUCGAAUAGUUGCGCCAUACAUUUGCCAAAAAGAUUCGCAACCUAACAAAUCUUAUACUAGCAAUAUACAGAAGAGCUAUGAUACGAUUCGGACGAAUGACAAAUAUUCUAUUGUAAAUCAACAAUGGCGAUUUUUAGUACGGAAAUAA